UAUGAUUAGACCCACAGGUUUAUAUUUAGAAGAAAAUAAAUCAAGAAAUAUGAAUAUAGAGCAUUCUCCUUACGUUUUAGCAUAUCGGCGUCGUUACAAAAAUAAUUCACCAGAAUACUCCAAAUAUGAAACGAUAAAAGAUAGUAUGAAGACGGUUGGAAAAGAGUAUUGCUCUGAAUCUUCGAUUUGUGGACUUAAACAUCUAGUAAACGAAAACACGACGCACAUAGAGAGGAUCAUUUGGGUCAUAAUCUUGAUCAGUGCGUUGAUCUGUUCCGCAUCCUUGGUCUGGCUUACUUUUAGUAAGUACUAUAAGGCGCCUUUAGUGACCACUCAAAUGCCUGAAGGUGUCUCCGUUAGCACGAUAAUCUUCCCAGCUGUGGGCAUCUGCUCAAAUAAUAGGGUUAGCAAGCGAGCCGUCACCGAGCUUGCUGACAAUUUGCUUAAAGAGGAACGUAACAAGAAGUACAAUAAAACGGAGAUGAUGUCGCUCCUUUUUGGUCUGGGCCAGUUAUACAACUUGCAAGGCUUAAGUGGGGACAAUAUGCGAGCGAAGCAACUCCACAUAGCACUGGGUGAUUACGAUGUCACAGAGCUAAUGCGAAAUCUGACCCCCCAUUGCGACGAUUUGCUGUUGCGAUGUGCUUGGAAUGACAAGGCAGAGGAUUGCAAUCACCUGUUUAACGUCCGGCUCACUAUGAACGGAUUUUGUUGCACGUUCAACUAUCUCCGACAGUCAGAUAUUUUUGAAGACAGAAACAGCGGCCAGCGAAGCAUGGACAUGUACAAGUACGGAAACAAGUCCAGUUUUGACUUCGAUAUGGGACUCAAAGUGCUACUGAAGAUAGACGAUAGUGACGAUUUUUAUUACAACAUCCCAUCUCUCGGUUCGACUUUACAGUUUUCAGAUGCUUAUGACUUUCCUGAUGCGCCAAGCGGAAGUUUUUCAAUGAAAAUUAUUAGCCCCAACGUUCAAAUGGUAGUAAUGGUAACAGCAAGCUUCACCGAAGCCUCCCGCGACAUCCAGCACGUGUCCGUGAAGCUGCGCAGCUGCCUGUUCUACGACGAGUCCUCGUACCUGCCCUUCUACACGCACAGCGACUGCAUGCUCAAGUGCCGCAUGCUCUUCCUGCUGCAGAACUGCAACUGCACGCCGUUCAACAUGCCCAAGAUCAAUAAUGGGAGGACGUGCGAUAUGCAGGAUAUACCGUGCCUUGGGAUUUAUUACGCUCAAUCCAUCGCCGUCCGUCCCGAAGUGGACGAGAUACCAGCAGAGCUGGAACUCGACAAGGUGGGCGGAGGGAUCCGCUGCCCGAUGUGCUACCCUUCGUGCUCCAAGACCAUGUAUUACUAUGACUUUAACAACGUCGUGAUCUAUCCUAGCAACUUGAACAGCGUACCGGAUGAAGAUAGAGAAAACUGGCUAGUUGGUGCCAACUAUACUGGGGCCUCGAUUGUUCAUGUGAAAUACGCUAAAGAAGUGGCGGAUUGUUACGGACAAAACGUUAUUAUGAAAUGGUUCGAUUUAAUAAGUAAUAUAGGAUCAACCUGCGGCUUCGUCACCGGCUUCAGCUUUGUAUCCGUGCUCGAAUUCUUCUACUUCUUCACCGUGAAGUUGUUCCGCGAAGUGCACGCGCGCCGGCAACGAGGGACACAACAAAAUCUCACCGCCAUUCAACCCCGCACUCCCCAGUUCAAGCCCAUCACGAGAUAUCGGCCUAUUUACUGGAACGAGCUGGGGAAUAAUGUGCAGAAAAAUCAACAGGAGCAUCAAUAAAUAAAAGACGA